AUGCGACCUAUUUUCUCGUUCUUGCAGAGAACGCCUCCCACAGCUUGGACUCUGCCCACCCGGGUGGUCCGAAACACCAACGCGACUUCUAAGUUGGACUCAAUCUGCACUACAUGUCACCUGCAACAAAGGCGCAACUUCACCAAAACUCGGGAGCUCACUGAGAGUCUCUUGGAUGUCGACAACCCAGCGAAACUUGUGCGGGUCAACCAGAAACAUGGACCGGGACUCAUUAUUCUUGCAUUGAUUCCGAUUAUCUCUUUCGGCCUGGGAUGCUGGCAGGUUCAGCGAUUGGACCAGAAAACCAAGCUUGUUGCCAAAUUCGAGGAUCGUCUGGUUAGGCCUCCUCUCCCGCUCCCGCCGCGCAUCGAUCCAGAAGCCAUUACCGAAUUCGAUUACCGUCGCGUGUAUGCCACAGGUCACUUUCGACAUGAUAAGGAGAUGCUUAUUGGACCUCGCAUGUGGGAAGGAGAAGACGGAUUUAUGGUUGUGACUCCCCUCGAGCGUGACGACGGCCAGAGCACGGUCCUCGUGAAUCGGGGCUGGAUCUCUAAGAAGAUGGUCGAUCAAAAGGAUCGGCCCGAUGGUCUACCAGAAGGCGAAGUUACGGUAGAGGGAUUGCUACGGGAGCCGUGGAAAAAGAACAUGUUUACGCCGGAUAACAAGCCUCUGGAAGGGAAGUUCUACUUCCCCGAUAUCGAGCAGAUGGCUGAGCUGAGUGGGAGCCAACCUGUGUGGAUUGAGAGCACUAUGGUGCCUGAUCUUCUUGAGUCGUAUGACCGCCUGGCCAAGGGUAUGCCUCUUGGCCGCGCUGCGGAGGUCAAUUUGAGAAACAAUCACGCGCAGUACAUCUUCACAUGGUACGGACUGUCUUUGGCGACAUCCAUCAUGAUGUGGAUGCUUAUUCGGAAGAAGCCUAACGAGGCCUUGCGGCGAGUUCGCCAGAACAAGAACUGGUAA